AUGAUGAAAGCGGCAACAAUUUUGUUGCUCACGUUGCAGUUUGUUUCCAUUACGUGAGUUUUUUAUACUAUCAAGUCAUUUUUAAUAUAGGCUAUCAUCAUUUUCACUUUCAGUAGCAAAUGUAUUCAAACAAACGGAAGCGAAUGUGAAGCCGACAAGUUGUGCUACAGAAAGAAGUUCUGGGACGAGAACCAUGUAGCCAGAGAAGAACUCGGAUGUGACCAUGACUUGACGAAGCACUUCAAAUUGCCUGAAUGGGCUACACAGAAGUGUUACAGAGUCGGUAAGUGAAAAGAAAAUGAAAAGUUGGUCUAACACGUCAUAAAGUUAAUCUAUUUGUAGCUACACUGAACUCAAUAUUUUAAAACUUUCUGAUUCCAGGAGCCGAUUUGUACUGUGUAUGUGCAGAUCGUCCUCAAUACUCGUGUAACACGGCAUUCUCUGGAAGACGUCGCUCCAUUGAAUAUGCUUCUACUGAAGCCACUUCUGGUCUGGUGGUCACGUUUGUAUCUCUGCUCAUCUUCUCGUAUCUGAUCAUCGCUUUCUUUAAGACUUCAAGAAGCUGGCCGAUCGAGAAGGCACCGUCAGAAUGGCUACAUUACUUGUCGAUUCUGGUCGAGAUCAUCAUCGUAGGGUCAUAUAUUACGAUUGGCUGUAUCUGCAGUUGUGUUAUUGAAAUUAGUUCACUUUUUAUUUAUUUUUGUAAUGUGUAUGAGGUAUUUAAAGUUAUUUUGGUUUUAGUUCAAGUCAGCACUGUACGCUCUCCUUCAUUUCAAACUGACUGUCUUUGCUUGUUACCCUCUAGCUACUAACUUUACUGAGUAAGUUAUAGAGUCGUAACCAAUCAUUUAAGAUUUUCUAAAAUCACGUAUACUGUAACUUUAGUGUUGUACCAAAGUUCUACCGUAUGCCCACCCGCAACAAAUCGGCCGCUUUCUCUUUGGCCACCUUCUUUGUUACCGGAUCGUUCUCUUUGUUUAAGGUGUUUGUCUUGGUAUGUUGAUACUGUAAUUCAUAGUAUCCUAACUUUAUAUUUGUAUGUUAAGCCAGUAACUGUUGUCUUAAACCUCAUAUUUACGAUAUUUGUUUCAGGUGAGUGGAAAAAACCAUCUGAUGAGAAAGGACAUGUUCAUCUGGUCUGUGUUCGCCAAAUUGGUCUGUUUGGUUUUGAUGGUAUUCGCCCACCGAAACAUGUUCCUACAAACAUACCAUGACGUUACCGUCAGAUAUGGAUGCGAAUUUAAGGCGGAUCUGCUCGAAGUAAGUAUCUUUUAUCACAAAAACAAGGAAGUUACAGUAACGUUUUCGUUAAUUUUACAGCAGUUUGUUUAGUUGUAUGUAUUUACUUGGUUAUCUAUAUGAUUUUGUUAACAAAACUUGUUAUAUUAACAUCGUCAAGUACUUCAGUUUGCCGCACUGUGCAAUCAAAUCACGUUGAUCACGUUGUGUGGAUCGUUCUUCUUGGACUUGCUCUACUACAUCAGCCCGUCCUUUGAGAAAACCACAGUGAAACGUGAGUUUAUUUCUUAAAAUCUGUAAUAAUAUUGUUUACUGUCCUUACUAUGGUUAGUAUCCUUACCUCGAACACAUUACAGCUGUCAAUGAUGUUUACGAAUCCACUUUGGAGAAGCCAUUGGUCGAGAAAGUUGAAGCUGAGGUUCAUGUGGAUGUGGUUAAAAUCGACCAGGACUAUCGACUCACUUUGACCAACGUAUGCGACAGAACUGUGCACGGUACUGUACAGCAUCGGAAUCUGAAGUCGGACCCGGAGUUUGUUCUGGAGCCUCGCCAAACUUGCUUUGUAAGUGUGUUUACAGUUGUUUUGGUUUAGUAUAAUGUCGUCUUUGUGUCAUUUUGUAAUAUUUGCAAAAAUAAUAUUAUGUUAUAAUUGUAUUGUAUCAACUUUUAAAUCUUUUAAAGUUUAAAAUGAGUGAAAUUGAAAAGUUGAAACCAAUAUACAUCUUGAUGUAGCUGAGUUUUGAAAAAGUUGUUUUCAAGCUGUUAAUCACUUGAUCGGGAUCAACUUGACGAUUAAUUGAUGAUUAAUAUUUGCAGGUUACGGUAGCCGGUCCAGCCGGGGAAAAGGUGGCAGUCGAGUUUGGAUUCGCCUCGGAGUCGGGCACGUUUCAACGGUACAUUAACUUGAAAUAAACUGAACACGAUCUGUGUGCGCUAAUAGGUCGGUAAUCGGGGGGAUCGUGAAGAUGGCACUGGAACCGGUAAAGAAGAAGCGCCCGGCGUGAACGCAAUCGGAUGCAAAAAAGCCUGAGGCGAUCAUUCCUGGCGGUUUGUGAACGGACGGCACGGCAAACGGGUUCCUCGGGAUUCUCGACGCGACUUUAAAAUGUUUUUCUGCCGCAACAUUGUUUAGUUUUCGCUUUCAGCCUUGUUGUUGUUAUGUUGUUGAAACUUGUCGUGCUCACGCUGAUGCCCGCCGUCGCCCUCGGGCUCUUCUUCAACCUCGGCGGAGUUGGCGGAGGCUGUGGUUGUUGUUCUCAGCCGGCGUGCUCUCCAGCAGGUAACAGUUUUGCCAAGGAAUUCGUUUUGAAUGUUUAGAGAUCUUGACGAACCGAGGUUCUAGCAACAAACUUUUGACUUGGUAUUAUCUGUUUGUAGGCAUCUUAUGAGGUUUAAUAAGUAUUGGAUGACGUUUACUCAGUAAUAGUUGUUGAAAACUUUUUUUAACUUGUCAUCACCUUUUUAAGUAUUUUUAAGUUUUUUACUUUUGUCAUGAAAAUGGUGUAUAUGACCUGUCUUCAAAGAUAAGUGAAUUCCAACAUUUACAUAAAAAUCUAACCUUUUUUGUCAUAUAACCAACCAAAACAUACAAAUUCAGCUUCUUGCGGUUGUGGCGGCGGCUCCAGUUAUGGUAGCUAUGGUGGAGCUUCUAGCUAUGGUGGCUCAAGCUACGGCUAUAGUGCUCCAUCGUAUUCGUCGUACGGCUCGUACUCUCAACCUUCGUAUCAAUCCCAGUCUUCAUAUGUAGGCCCGGCUCCAGCCCCAUCGUCGUAUGUCCAACAACCGGUCGGUAAAUACGUAUCCGGGCCAAGCUACGUCCAGUCGGGAUCUUACCAAGCUGCUCCAGCCGGCGGAUACCAAGCGGCACCAGCGGGAGGGUACCAGGCAGCACCAAGUGGAGGGUAUCAAGCAGCACCAGCUGGAGGAUACCAAGCCGCGCCAGUUGCUAGCUACCAGGCCAGCUACCAAUCACCAGCUAAAUCGUACCAAGCUGCUCCAGCUCCAGUAGCUGCCUCGUUCUCUGGCUCCCAGGCUAGCUACAGUGCCGCUAAGUCAUCGUACAUCGCCCAAGAGGCUCCACAAUACAGUCCAGUUGGAGCUCAAGUGCAGCCGGCUGCCUUAUCCGACGAAGAACCACCAUACCGCAAUGUUGUGGCUACUGCUGCUUCCGGAGGACGUCUGGAUGAGAUCCCUGGGGUAAGUGUAAUAAAGGUUGAUAACUAAUAGUUCAACAUGUAGAAGUUGUAGUAGCCUUAACCUCUCUGAUGUACGUUUUCAGGAUGAAGAAGCCAAAGAAGUCAGCCAGAACACCACGUUGAGUGUAGCCCCAGAACCUAACGCUGCCGUCGACAUCAGUUUGUUGACCUUGACCAACGACACCGAAUGCAACAGCGACGACCUCAGACAGAUCGUCAAGAAUAACAUCAGCGAAGACCUGAACUCCUCGAAGAGACUAAUCCAACUGGCGGCCGAAGCCAAGUUCGGAGGUCGAUUCGACGUCAUCUGCUCGGCCAGCGACUUCAGCUACGUCACCAACACUGAACUGUUCUGUCAGGAGACACAGGAAAAGGUGUCGUGCUAUGCUUACAGGCAGUUGUAG